CUUUAAGAAACUUGAGGACGCUUUUACGACGUCUUGUUAAGCUUUCAUUAAGCUCUUAUUUGAUAACCUUUUCUUACUUAAAACUUGAAGUUACUGUUCUUAAUAGUUAAGGUUAAGUUUAGUGUGUGUAUUUGGAAUUGGGAGUUAAGAGAAAGAGUAAAAAGUUCAAGUUUUUGUAAGACAAGAAUUCAAGAUGUCCGUUCUCAUUGAAACCACGUUGGGGGACAUUGUCAUUGAUCUUUUUACCGAUGAAAGACCAAGAGCGUCUUUGAAUUUUUUGAAACUUUGCAAGAUAAAGUAUUAUAAUUUUAGCCUUUUCCACUUCGUUCAGAGGAACUUCACAGCUCARACAGGAGACCCAACAGGAACAGGGAAAGGAGGAGAAUCUGUCUUUAAACAACUCUAUGGUGAGCAAGCAAAAUUUUUUGAAGCUGAAGUUAAACCAAGAUUAAAGCAUACAAACAAAGGAACUGUUUCCAUGGUGAACAAUGGUGACAAUAUGCAUGGAUCACAGUUCUUUUUUACUCUUGCUGAUAACCUGGAUUAUCUUGAUGGCGUACAUACAGUGUUUGGUGAAAUAUCCGAGGGGAUGGAUGUGUUGGACAAGAUAAAUGAAGCCAUCUGUGAYGACACAAACAGACCAUAUCAAGAUAUAAGAAUCAGUCACACAGUAAUCUUGGAUGACCCGUUUGAUGACCCCGCUGGACUGGUUAUCCCUGACCGCUCACCUGAACCAACAAAAGAACAAUUAGAGAGUGGUCGUAUAGGUGCCGAUGAGAAGAUAGACGACACAGAAGGCAAAACAACUGAAGAAAUAGAAGAGAUGAUUGCUGAGAGAGAGCAAAGAGCUGGAGCACAAAUACUAGAAAUGAUCGGUGACAUUCCUGACGCAGACGUCAAACCACCAGAAAAUGUAUUAUUUGUUUGUAAAUUGAAUCCUGUCACAACAGAUGAAGACUUGGAGAUCAUAUUUUCACGGUUCGGCACCAUUACAAGCUGUGAAAUUGUACGAGACCAAAAAUCUGGAGAAUCCCUUCAAUAUGCCUUCAUAGAGUUUGAAAAGGAAGAGGAUUGUGAAAGAGCUUAUUUCAAGAUGGAUAAUGUUCUGAUCGAUGAUCGACGUAUCCAUGUCGAUUUCUCACAGUCAGUGGCUCAUUUAAAAUGGAUGAAACAAGGAGCAAAGSCUGUUUAUACUGAAAAGAAAGAUUCUCAACCUAAAUACACUAUAAAAGACAAAACAAAAAAGGACAAAUAUGAUCUUGUUUUUGAUAAAAAUGAAAAAAGUGAUGAUGAAAGAAGAAAGAAAGAAAAAUCAGAAAAAAAGUACAUUAAAGAGAAGCCUAAGAAGCAAGAUAGAAAACGAGAGCAUAGAGAGAAAUCCAGGUAUGACAGUUCUAGCGAAGAUGAAAGAAGACACAAAGAACGGAGAAAAGACGACAGGCAUGAACAUCAAAGCAACAAAAAAAGAUAUUACCAUGAUGAUAGUGAUGAUGAUGAUGACAGAYGGCGGAGGAGAGAGAAAGAUAGAAGUAACUACAAGAAAGAGGAUGAAAAAAGAAGAGAAAGAGGCAGAAAUGAAAGUUACCAAAGYGAAAAGAAACGAUCUUCCUCCAAAGAACGAGAUCGAAAAAACAGAGACCAAGAAAAGGAAAAAAGCAGACGUAAACGCAGAUAGCAGUUCCACCAGAACAGAGAACGAUAGAGACUUUGUACCAUUACUUGAUGGCAGCCAUGACAGGAUACACAACAAUAGAUUCUUUUCCCCGUGGGGAAUCAGAUUCGAUUGUUCCUGCCUCCUGUCAUAGAUGGCCAUCAUGUGUAGCCUGCGUAGCCAAGCGUUCCCACAAGGAACGCCCGGCUACACAGGCCAAUCACGUGCAAAGAUUAUGAACUUGAACGUCCCUUUUUUACUAUGAGCCUUUUCAUAGUUUAAGAAUCGAUUCCACUGCACAUGCGAUUUUAUCCCGAAUUUCUCACCUUUUUUUUGUCUAAACCUUCUUUUGUUC